AUGGCGCUCCAACAAGCCGCCGAGCGGGUCGCCGCCGAAUUCGAGUAUUCCGCCCAAGAUGUCAACCGUGGGGUCGCCGAGUUCAUCCGUCAAAUGGAUGAAGGUCUACGCACGACGGGAGCCACCAUGUCCCAGAUUCCCACCUAUGUCACCGCCGUCCCCAAUGGCUCCGAAGAGGGAUUGUACAUGGCCGUCGAUCUCGGAGGCACCAACUUCCGCGUCUGCUCCAUUCAACWCCAUGGCAACAGCACCUUUAGCCUCACGCAGAGUAAAGUGGCCAUUCCCAAAGACUUGAUGGUCGCCAAGACGAGCAAGGAAUUGUUCUCCUUCCUGGCCAAGCAGAUUGAGUUGUUUUUGAAGACGCAUCAUGGGGAGCAUUACMACAGUCACAAGGAAAAGCGCAGGGGAGGCGUGUGGAAGGCGGAACAUGAUGAGGAUAUCUUCAGUCUGGGAUUCACCUUUUCCUUCCCCGUCCAGCAGUUUGGAAUCAACAAGGGAACUCUCAUCCGCUGGACCAAAGGCUUCGACAUUCCCGAUGCCAUUGGCAAGGAUGUCUGCGCUCUGCUGCAAGAUGAGAUUGAUGCUCUCGGUCUUCCGGUGAGAGUUGCUGCGUUGGUGAACGAUACGGUUGGAACCCUCAUGGCUCGAUCAUACACCUCCCCAGGAAAGACGGGAACUCUUUUGGGAGCAAUUUUCGGCACUGGUACCAACGGAGCAUAUGUCGAGAAGUUGGACAAGGUCACCAAACUCACCGCCGCGGAUGAGGUUGAUUCGCAAACCGGCGAAAUGAUUAUCAACACCGAAUGGGGCUCCUUUGACAACCAACUCUCCGUCCUGCCCAAAACACCCUACGACGCCGCUCUCGAUGCCGAGAGUGUCAACCCGGGGAUUCAAAUGUUCGAAAAGCGCGUCAGUGGAAUGUUUUUGGGAGAAAUCCUCCGACGAGCCCUUCUUUCCUUGUUGAAGGACCCUGCAGUCCCGCUCUUCACCGACGAACACAGCAAUCAGAACGACGUGCACUCUACUACGAAUGUCGGCAAAGAUUGUCCACUCUACCAACAAUGGGGAUUGGAUUCCAGCUUCUUGAGUAUCGCAACAGGAGACAACAGCGCAGGGUUGAAAGUCACCCGUCAAACGCUCGACAAGGAAUACGACGUCACCGCCGCCUCGGCCGAAGACGCCGAAGCGGUACGACUCAUCGCCUCGGCGAUUGGCAAGCGUGCCGCGAGAUUGAGUGCCGUCGCCAUUGCCGCCAUUGUCAUUUCCACGGGUAAGCUGGGCAACCCGACAGACAUCGCCACGACCAACGAUGCGACGUUGGAGGUCAAUGAGGAUGAGAUUGUGGAUGUUGGCGUGGAUGGCAGUUUGGUGGAAUUCUACCCGCGAUUCGAAGAGUACAUCCGCGAGGCACUGCGGGAAAUCCCUCAAAUUGGAGUCUCGGGGGAGAGGAGGGUGAGGAUUGGAAUUGCUAAGGAUGGGAGUGGAGUUGGGGCUGCGCUGAUUGCGCUGGUUGCUGAUAAGGCUUCGAAGGGCUAUGGCUCGUCCUCUUCUUCUCCUUCAUCAUCAUCAUCAUCAUCAUCAUCAUCAUCAUGUGGUGGUAUCGGAGGAUUCUUGCAGAGUGUGAUUGGAUAUAUGAAUCGGGGCGUGAGGAUGAGAAUCUAG